AAAUGCUCGUCUUUGUCAUGAAAGCACGACAAGAUGGCGUUUCCUUUUUGAGUGCGAACUGCGUAAGUUCGAGUGCUUGUAAAAAGUGAAUUAUUUCUUUAAAUUCUUUUAAAGGAAAAUUUUUUGUAAAAUUUGCCGUUACAACAGUUUUAAUAAGAUCUCGUAAAGUAGUAAGUAAAUAUACCGAAACACCCCGACGUGAAUCAUGAGUAAUUACGAAGAUGACCAAAGCGAAGAUGGAGAAUUAGCACGCAGUCCUGUACAAGAUGAGAUGGAUUUUAGUUUAUCAGAUGAGGACCGCGAUAAUGCAGAUUCACUUGUCAUCAAACCACCACAGGCUGUAGUUCAGUCUUCACAUCGCGACAAAAGAGGUCAUAAAAGAGCUGGGAAGGACAGAUAUAGAGAUACAUCUAGAAAAGAGAAGAAACAUCUUUACAGGGAACGAGAUAAGUCUGAAAAACCUAAAAGAGAUGUUAUUAAGAAUCCUGAACGAGAAGAAAUAUCCAAAGAUUAUUAUAGAGAUAAACAAUAUUAUAGAGACAAGGAGACAUACAGAGAGAAAGAGGUUUACAGAGAAAAGGAAGCAUAUAGAGAUAAAGAAACAUAUCGUGAUAAGGAGGUUUAUAAAGAAAUGUAUAGAGAGAAAGAGGCUUACAGGGAAAAAGAUAUGAGGGAGAAGGAAGUCUAUCGUGAAAGGGAUAAAGAAGUCUAUAAAGAUAAGGAAUAUAGGGAAAAAGAUGCUGCUUUCAGAGAAAAAGAAGCUGCAUAUCGGGAAAAAGAUGGUGCUUAUAGGGAAAAAGAUGCUGCUUAUAGAGAAAAAGAUGUUUCAUAUAGGGAGAAAGAAAAAGAACUUUCCUAUAGAGAAAGAGAACAUUAUAAAGAACGGGAAUUAUAUAGGGAUCCUGCUGCUUUCAGAGAUGCUAGAACUAGGGAGGCAUAUAGGGAAAAAGAAGUCUACAAAGAGAAAGAUUCCCAGAGAGACAGAGAAAUGUAUUUAGGUAGAGAACGACAAUAUAAAUAUACUGAUGAUAGAAAACGCAUGGACAGUGAUAGAAUAGAGUCUAGAUUAAGACUAUUAGCAGAAGAAGGGCAUACUAAUCACAAUAAUGAAAAAGAAAACAGGGAUAGAACAUCUGGUGAUAAAGAAUUAGAAGAUUUAAGAUCUAGAUUGCUUAGUAAAAGAAUUACAAUGCAAAACCAAGAAACCACUAAAAAGCAUUCAGAGCAUAAAGAACCUAGAUCAGAUCGUCAUUCUUCAUUGGAUAAACAUCAUCAGGAGAGAAGAAAAAGAUUAAUUGAAGCUGAUCGUGAAAUGGAAAAAAGAAAAUACGAAUCUCGUCAAGAAUUAGAAGCGAGACGGCAAGAGCACCGCCGCCGUGGGAAGAAACGCACAGUCUCUCCUGUAGACACUGCUAAUAAAAAGUCUAAGUCAGAAACGUCACCUACAUAUGGGGAUUCUGUAGUUACUGUUUCUGAUGCAAGCGAUGUAGAAAUGAAAAGUGAUUCUGCACCAUCUUCAGCUGAAGAUGGAGAACAUUCCAACAGUGAGACAGAUGAAAGUUCGAGUACAGCAUCUGAUUCUGAAGCUGAUUCCAAGUCUGAAGAUGAUGAUAAAGUGGAUGAGGAAAAAUCAAGUAAGAUUGAAGUAAAGGAGCAAAACAAUGACAAACCUAAAUUAAAACCUAAGUCUAAAUCACCCACACCAAAAUCGGAUCAAGCCAGCCCACUGUCACAGGAAUCUAACAGAUCACAUUCUCGAUCCAAGAGCAGAAGCAGAUCCCAUUCGUUUUCGCCACCGCCAACUGGUGAGAAUGGAAAGGUUGUUGAAGAAGAAAAAUCAAAUGAAGACAAAGAACAAGCCAAACUAAAAGAGGAAGCUAUUAAAGCCCUCCCACCGUAUUUCCCUGCAUUACAGGGAUGUCGAUCUGUUGAGGAAUUUCAAUGUCUCAAUAGAAUAGAAGAGGGCACCUAUGGAGUUGUUUACAGAGCUCGUGAUAAAACGACUGAGGAAAUAGUCGCUCUAAAACGCCUUAAAAUGGAAAAAGAGAAGGAAGGCUUCCCAAUCACAUCCUUGAGGGAAAUUAACACAUUACUCAAGGGCCAGCAUCCUAACAUAGUGACCGUGAGGGAGAUCGUUGUCGGCUACAAUAUGGACAAAAUAUUUAUAGUAAUGGACUACGUAGAGCAUGACCUCAAAAGUCUUAUGGAAACAAUGAGGGCAAAAAAGCAAGUGUUUCUACCAGGGGAGGUUAAAUGUUUGAUGACACAACUGCUUAGUGCUGUACACCAUCUCCACGACAAUUGGAUAUUACAUAGAGAUCUUAAAACUAGCAAUUUACUUCUUUCUCACAAAGGGGUAUUGAAGGUUGGAGAUUUUGGUUUAGCCAGAGAAUAUGGUUCUCCUCUCCGACAGUAUACUCCGAUCGUUGUGACUCUGUGGUACCGCGCCCCGGAACUACUGCUUUGCUGCAAAGAAUAUUCGACACACAUCGACAUGUGGAGUGUAGGGUGUAUAUUUGGAGAGUUUGUGUCAAUGAACCCCUUAUUCCCGGGAAAAUCGGAAGUUGACGAAUUGAAUAGGAUAUUUAAGGAUCUUGGAACUCCUUCGGAAUCUUGCUGGCCUGGAUACAACGAAUUACCAGCAGUGCAAAAAAUGACUUUUGCAGAGCAUCCACCAGGGGGUCUACGACAGCGGAUUGGACAAGAUUUGCUGUCGGAGUCAGGGCUCGCUCUGUUGCAGAGUUUCCUCACAUACGAUCCUGCUAAGCGGAUAACUGCAGAUGCUGCUCUAGAACACCCAUACUUUAAGGAGCAUCCCGUCGCUAUUGACCCUGCCAUGUUCCCGACUUGGCCGGCCAAGUCUGAAGGCAAGCGGCACACCACGCACAGCCCGCGGCCGCCAGCAGGGGGCGCCGCGUACGCGCAGUACUCGCGCGGAGACUCCGACGAGGCCCUCGGCUUCCAGCUGCAGCAUCGCUCUGUCAAUGUCGCGCCGGGAUUCUCACUCAAAUUCUAGCAGUACCCGAGCGACGGAACACCAAGUACGCCCGCGAGCACAUGUUAUGGAAAGGAAAUUUUAAAAUAGAAUUUGAAUAAAUUGUUGUUGGAUUCAGUACAUCACUAAAUUUUGAGAAAUUCUGGUAUUCCUUGUAUAGUUAUUGUGAUUUUAAAAUGAACCACAUUCAGAUAUUACAAGAUAAAUAUGUACUUAUAAAAUAAAUAAUGAAAUAAGAUUCCUCAAAUAGAAAGACUGUAAAUAUGGAGCUCUAUUUUUUCAUUGUCAUUGUGUAACAAUAUUUAAAAAAGGUUUGUGGUUGUGUUUGUUUCGUAAUAUUGUUUGCUUACAACAAUACACAUUUUAUUUUUGAGGUUUUCUGUUGUGACUAGAUCAAUCUGGUUAUGAACACAAACUUAGAAUCAAUGAAAAUAAUACUGUAAAUAUAUAACUUAGGUCCCUUACCUUACCAUUUGUUUGUUUCGUUCUUUGUUAGAGAGGGACUUACAAAUGGUAAAUCGUAACAUUGAAAUGUAGUAAUUAUGGUACAAUAAUUAUAAUUAUAUUUUGACAAACA